AUCAUGUUAGUCUGGAUCGUCAAACAAAAAAGGGAGAGGCUCGGGCACCUGCCCUGUUUCAGAUUUCUGUCGUAUGGCAUUUUAACAAGAUCAUACAGGAGCUGUCUCCUGACCUCAGUGGUGAGUAAGCUGCCAACCUCCAGCUGAAGAGAUGAACUGGUUAUUCCUGGAGUCCCUGCUCAGCGGCGUGAACAAAUACUCCACCGUUUUUGGUCGUGUCUGGCUCUCUAUGGUCUUUAUCUUCCGUGUGUUGGUGUUUGUGGUGGCCGCGCAGCCAGUUUGGGGAGACGAUUCAAAAGACUUUGUGUGCAACACAAUUCAGCCAGGUUGCACUACUGUGUGCUAUGACCACACUUUCCCAAUCUCUCAUACCCGCUUGUGGGCGCUUCAGCUCAUCUUAAUAACCUGCCCAUCUCUCAUGGUGGUGGGCCACGUCAAGUUCCGCGAAAAGAAGAAUCAAAAUACUGCCACCACUCAGGAAGGCAAAUAUCUGUAUGCCAACCCGGGAAAGAAGCGUGGUGGCCUCUGGUGGACCUAUUUGCUUAGUCUGAUAUUUAAAGCAGUCAUUGAUGCUGGCUUCCUCUGCAUCCUGUACUAUAUCUAUAAAGGAUUUGACUUGCCAACUCUGACAAAAUGUAGUCUCAAUCCAUGCCCUAAUGUGGUGGACUGCUACCUGUCCCGUCCUACAGAAAAGAGGAUCUUCACUAUUUUUAUGGUUGCCUCCUCUGCCCUGUGUAUCCUCACGUGUAUCAUUGAGAUGAGCUACCUGGUGUGUAAGCGCUGUAACAAGGUGGUUCAUGAACAAAUAGAGCAAGAGCGCAUGCGAUUUGUUCAGCAGCAUGAACUGAGGGCUCUUUCCCAAUCAAAGUUUGAGUGUAGAGUGGAUCCUACUGCUUCCUCCAAAAACAGCCUCAGCAGUCUGAAAAAAGACAUGACUGCUAGCAAAAUCAGUUAGUGUCGCUGCUGUGUCUGGAGUCCUUUACACAUGAGAGACGGUGAUUUCAGAAGCUGUAGUUAUACAGUUGACAUAAUGUGAAAGACAUUAAAGGUGUUGCAUGCUUUACAGUCAUAUGAACUGCAAAAUAAUCCUGUACAAUAAUCAAAGAAGGUAUCAUUCUAUUGAAAAAUAUCUGGCGUCUUUGUUAUGUCUGUUAUACUGGGAUUAAAAGGCCUAAGGAUCAUUAAGGCCAUCAUUUUAGCAAAUACUGUGCUGAGACAUCUUCUGCUGGCAUAUAUGUAAAUAAAAAAAG